UCACCGAAUUCUUUCACAACAAGACGAAAACGCAGUGAACAAUUUGGGAAAAUGUUUAUAAAAUCGUUCAAAGUGAAGAGCAAACUCUUGCUGCGCAACAGCGAGAGGAAGAAACUCCAGACGAAGAUCCUCGGGAAGUAUCGAAAGCUGUCAGAAGAGGAUUUUGCCAGGAUUUUCCCGUCUUCUGGAAAUAUUUAUCACACGAAGAUCAUCACGAGCGCGGAGGAAACUGUGUGGGUUUAUCUGGCUGAGAAGCAGCCCAUGUUCUUCGAAGUCAGCAGCGGGAGCAUCUAUCCGACAGUCCACGCUCUCUGGCUGGUGCCCAAUCUGCUGGCCAGCGUCACCACGCAUCCGGCUGUGCUGCCAAUCCUGGCCAAGGGCGCCAAUUUGAUGACGCGUGGCGUCGUGAAGCAGGGCCAGGGCGCUCAGGCGUGGGCAAGAUUCAGCCGAGGUGAUGUUGUGGCUGUGAACCUCACGUCCAACGCGAAUGCCUGCGCCGUGGGCAUCUUCUCGCAGUCCAGCAACGAUCUGUACCUGUCCGGCGGCACGGGAGUGUGCGUGGAGAUUCUGCAUGUGUUCGGUGAUAAACUGUGGGCCAUUGAGCCUGCCGCUUGUGUACAGAUUCCGGCCGGAGAGCGAGCUGUUCCCGAGCUGAAAGACAGUGAUUUUCCCGCUUUGGGAAGCAAGAAGGCUCCUGCGCAACCACCAGUUGCGCCAGAGGCUCCGCAUGAGAUUGAGGAAGUGCUUGAGGAGCUGCAAGAGGUGACGAUUCAGGAGGAGGAGCCAGAAUCACCGGACGACGUGUUGAAGAGGGCUUUUCUCACCGCCCUGAAAGUGGAUCGUGAGAAACUGUCUCUGCCUCUGCUCAGCAGCACCUUUUACGCCAGUCACAUCCAGACGACGACGCCCGAGAGCUUCAACAUCAAGCACACGAAGCACAAGAAAGUCACCAAGUUCCUCGAGCAAAUGGCCGAGGAGGGCUUCCUGGUGCUGAAGGAAGAGAAGAAAGGCAUCCAGAAGGUGUUCUCCAUCAACUUCGACCACGAGGAACUGCUGGCUUUCACUCCCGGACAGUCUUCGGCGGCCAAGAGUGACGCCGACAAGCCAAUCGCCCCGAAACCCAUCCAACUCCUUACCGCCAUGACCAAGAUCUUCGUCAUCAGCGACGCCACGGCGCCUUUCUUCGCCGAAUCCAGCCACAAGACCGGCGACGGACUGCUGGAGGAGGAAGUGGACAAGCAUCUUUCAUCCUACACGCGGACCAGGAAGCUGCGGAGUGCGGAGAAUGCGCGACUGAUCAGCGUGGAUGACACUCUGGCCGAGAUUCUGGGGCGCGAAGUCGGCGCCAGCAUGAAUUACUCGGCGAUGCUGCAGGAGCUGCUCGAGAAGAUGCCCGUGAACUUCGAGAUGCGCGCCAAGGAGAAGCAGACGAAGCUGCCCAACAUCCAGAUCAGCCUGGCCACGCGCAAGGGCAACAAGAAGGUCACCCUGGUGGGCAAUCUGGAGGCGCACGGCAUCUUCAUCCAGGACUUCGCCAAUCGCUGUCGUGUCGGCGUGCAGGCGAGCACGACAGUCACGCAGACGCCGCACGCCAAGGGCGACUCGCUGCUGAUCCAGGGCAAUCAGGUGCGCUUCGUGCACCAGCUGCUCACGGACACUUACGGCGUGUCCAAGGGCAAGAUCUCCGGCCUCGAGCUGGCGGCCAAGGAGCCCAAGAAGAAGAAAUAAAAGUCUCACU